UCCCUGUGCAUCGAGAACGCCUGCAUCGCUGCUCAUGAUAAGACUGGACGCUACGCCUCCAUGUUCACUGUGGACAAAGUCCUCGCUCCACCAAUGGGAACCAUCAUGGACGUCCUGAAGGCCGACGGACCGCUUCAGGUGAGAACUGGAGUCAAGUUCACCUGCUGGAAAAAUAACAGCUUCUACAUCUCAGCAGGAGGGAAGAGAGACGGCAUUCCUCCUAAACCUCUGCUAACAGCCGUUGAGCUCGGAGUAAACAGAGGUGUAAGAAACAAACAAACCUUGUGUCUCCUCAGCCUCCUGGUUGGUGCUAUCCAGACAGCAGGUAUCACAGAGCUGCUGAACCAGCAGGGGGCGCUCACCUUCUUCGCUCCCACCAACGAUGCCUUCAACGCCCUGCCACGACCCGAGCUCAACAAGCUGCUGCGUAACCACCAGGAGCUGACAGGUGUGCUCAGGUAUCACCUAGGCGAGGGCAUGUUGGUCAGUGGAGGAGUCGGAUCUCACACCAGAGUCCAACCUCUGCAGGGAGAGAAGCUGGAGCUGGGUGUGCGUAACUACACCGUCUACGUCAACAAGGUUCCAGUGGCGGACGCAGACCUGAUGGCGACUAAUGGGGUUGUCCACGCCAUCAACAGCAUCAUCAGACCUCUGCCUCCGAAGGUGGAGAGGGAACAGGCUGAUGGACCUGCAGCUCCGCUCAGAUCAGCUGCCUCCUCCAGGGCGGACUCCAAGAGCUUCAGGAACGAUGAUCUUUUCCAGAAGGUGAUCAGGAGCCGCUCCAGCAGGACAAUGAACCAGAGUCAAUGAAGGCACUGCGGAGAGGAGACAGACAACAUCUGAGGAACCAAAGAAGAAGAGAAGCAGGAAGUUCUCACCCUGAAGGGUCAAAGGUCACAAAUUUGAAUGGAGAAAUCCUCUUGAGAUUCUCUCACUGCUGCUGUUUUUUACUGAAGCUUUAAAAUCCAGUCUGUGAAAGGCAUUCUGGGAAAUGUAGGAAACCACUAACUGAACCAAACUAUAAAAAACUAACUUCACUCAGAGAGAUAAACAGUGUGAGAGGAUCUGAGGAGGUUUUUCUUCUUAAGUUCAUGAAGAGAAGAAGAUGAAAUAUUGUUUAUGAAGUUUUUUAACUGAUUUUUUUUUUUUUUUUUUUUACCAAAACCAAUGUUUUAUUUUCUGUGUACUGUAAAAAAAGAAACAACUAGUUUUGACCAAAUGUCACUUUCUGAGUCCAAAGUUUGAAGUUUCACAUGUAAAACUUUUGUAAAGUUUGUUUUUUACUCUGUGGUCCUGCAGCAUGUCGCAGGUUAGAGCUCAAACUAAAGUGACCUGAAGAGUUUUCUUUGUGUUUUUUUGUAAAAUAAAGUUGAGAAAUGAGUUCCAGUGAAAACACAA